AUUACUACACUGUGACAGUGACAGAGGCAGGGUCUGACCGUAUUAUGCAGCACAACGGAAAAAAAUGAAGAGGAAGAGAGGAGGCGGAGAAGAUAACAAAAACGACACGAUGGAGAUAGUGUGGCAAACGCCGGCGAAUCCUCCGCUAAAAGACGAUUACAUUUUUCGCGACGGGAGGCGCCACGUCAGACCUUACUACUUCGAGUUCGUCUCUCAUGUUAAGAAUCGUUGGGCGGGAAAAACAAUUGUUGAUUUAUUCACGGAAGAAUUUAAAGGCAGAGAUUAUGAUUACUAUGUUAGUGCUGUUAAAUGUGGACGGAUACAAGUUGAUGGAGAAAUGGUGCCGGUUUCCCACGUAGUAAAAUCGUCGCAAAAAAUAAGCCAUUUCGUGCACAGGCAUGAACCACCGGCAAUGGCUUGGGACGUUCCUAUAUUGUAUAAAGAUUCUGAUGUUGUUACUGUUUGUAAGCCGGCUGGUGUUCCUGUGCAUCCCUGUGGUCAAUACCGUAAGAACACUGUUGUUGGCAUUCUGCAGGCUGAAAAUGAUAUAGCACCUCUAUUUCCGGUACAUCGACUGGAUCGGCUUGUUUCUGGGCUCCUUAUCUUGGCUAGAAAUGCUUCAAAGGCUGACCUUUUCAGGCAAGAGAUUGAAGCUGGUGUGAUUCAGAAGCAAUAUGUUGCAAGGGUCAUUGGGGUAUUUCCAGAGGAUGAGCAAGUUGUUGAUGUUAACCUUAAUCAUAAUGCUCGAGAAGGAAAAAGCUCAGCAGAGAUUAGCAACUCUGGUGGUGAUUCUCCUGCUAAGGGGAAGGCUGCAUGUACCAAGUUCACCAGAAUUAGUACUAAUGGAACUCAUAGCAUUGUUUUAUGUAAACCAAUCACUGGCCGAACUCAUCAAAUACGUGUGCAUUUAAAGUAUACAGGCCAUCCCAUAGCAAAUGACUUCCUUUACCUCUCUGAAAACGCUUCCCGUCAUUCAGUUGAAGGAAUGAGUGCUGAUAGAGCUGCUCGUAGUUCUUAUACUUUACCAUCCCAACAUUUUAGUCCUGAUGAACAUAAAGAGAACUCGGCAGAAGAUUUCAGCAUUGAUCCUAUGUGUACCAACUGUCCAAAUUUGGUACCGAAAGGAUAUGACGUUCAUGAAGAGGGUCUAUGGCUACAUUGUGUGCGAUAUUCUGCACCUGGAUGGGUUUAUGAAUGCCCAUCUCCUGACUGGGUACAUCUUCCUUAGCUAAUAGUUUUUUUUCCCUAAUAAUUCUUUUCAUUUGAUGGUCAUUACUGAAUGCAUAUUUGGCUAUUGCCUACAAGUUUUGCCAAAUUGUACAAUUAUGCCAUUGAUUUUUUAUGUUUCUCAGUGGAAAAUGUUACGAUUGCCAUAAUGAUUUUGUGACAGUAGUUCAUAAUGACAUUCGAUUGUUUAUGUGCA